GGCUCCCACCGUCCCAGCCCCGCCCUCAUGUGAGCCGCCGCUCGCCUCUCAGCAGUGCGGCCCUUCGCGCCGCUGCAGGCCCGGCGCGCCCCCUCCUCAGGCUCCUGGGGGCUCGUAGCCGGACCGUUCCGCCUCAGCGGUUAUCGGACCAGAAACUGCCUAACGGAAACCUGGCUGGUGCAGCGCGGGCACGUGGGUUUGCCCUGCUGAAAAAACGGUUGUCACGCAGCUGCCAGCGAGGUAAGACAAUGACAAACACUGAAAGGAACCCCAGGCACCAAAUGAUUUCUCAACUGCACAGUUUUGCUGCUACUGGAGACAAGAUCAGGUUGACAGCGCUAUGCAGUCAUUCUCCAUCCCUUAUCAAUGAAGUUGCUGAGAAUGGUUGGACAGCCUUGAUGUAUGCUGCCAGAAAUGGACACUUUGAGAUUGUACAAAUUCUUCUUGAAAAAGGGUGUGACAGGUCCAUUGUCAAUAAAUCGAGCCAGACUGCACUAGACAUUGCUAAAUUUUGGGGGUAUAAGCAUAUAGCUAAUUUACUAGCAAAUGUUAAGGGUGGACAGAAGCCUUUUUUCCUGCCAAACGAUACAAUAGAGUAUGAAAAUUAUUUUAGCAGGACACUUCUGGAUAGAAGGAGUGAUAAAAGAACAGAUUCUAAAUGGUUAAACACAAAACAAAACCAUCCAGCCACAGUAUACAUCCUUUUCUCAAAUUUAAACCCAUUGGUCACUUUGAGUGGAGGGGGAGAUGGUUCCCAGCAGCCUGAAGUCAGGCUUUGCAGGCUGUGCCACAAGGAUGUAAAGGAAUACAUGAGCCAGACUGAAAAAGUCACCUUGAUUUUUCUUGGAGUAGAACUUCAGUUGGCUACUCUGAAUGGAGGAAUUCUGAAGGAAGAAGAAGAUGGACUAGUUGCUUGGUUUGCCCUCAGCAUAGAUUCUACCUUUGCUGAACAGUUUAAACAGAAGCAUGAAGACUGUUAUUUUCUUCAUCCUCCAAUGCCUGCUCUGCUGCAGUUGCCUGAAAAAGAAGCUGGAGUAGUAGCCCAGGCCAGAUCUGUUCUAGCAUGGCAUAACCGAUACCAAUUCUGUCCAACAUGUGGCAGUGCAACCAAGAUUGAAGAAGGAGGCUACAAGACGACCUGCUUAAAAGAAGACUGUCCCAGUCUCCAAGGUGUUCACAAUACAUCGUACCCAAGAGUUGAUCCUGUAGUGAUAAUGCAAGUCCUUCAUCCAGAUGGGAACCAGUGCCUUUUAGGCAGGCAGAAGAGGUUUCCUCCUGGCAUGUUUACCUGCCUUGCUGGAUUUGUAGAGCCUGUGAGGUGCAAAGGAGGCUCCUUGAAGAGAGGAAGAAUGUGUCAGAGGGAAACAAUAGAAGAUGCUGUUCGAAGAGAAGUAGAGGAGGAAAGUGGAGUCAAAAUUGGCCAUGUUCAGUAUGUCUCUUGUCAACCAUGGCCAAUGCCCUCCUCCCUAAUGAUUGGUUGCUUAGCUGUUGCAGUGUCUACAGAAAUUAGAGUCGACAAGAAUGAAAUAGAGGAUGCCCGUUGGUUCACUAGAGAACAGGUCGUGGACGUUCUCAUUAAAGGAAACCAGCGUUCGUUCUUUGUGCCACCGAGUCGAGCUAUUGCACACCAGUUGAUAAAACACUGGAUUGGAAUGAAUGCUAAUCUUUAAAUUCAAGGAACUGAGUUCUUUGAGUUAAAUUACUGUUUCCAGUGACUGCUAAUGUAAAUAAAUUUGAAAUAAUUGGUCAUUUAGUGAAGUGGUGACCACAGUAGUUCUUGAGUUUCUUAGUCCUUUGACUACUGAGAUAUACUUGCACUCAGUGAUUCUUUUAAGAAAUUUGUUGGAGUAGGACAGUCGCCCACUGAUUACCCCAAACAAAAAAGUCAACAUUAAAGAAUCAUUUUGAAGGUAUUUUUAUAAUCAGGUUAUUCUGCCCUUCACUAUCCCUCCUUUUAUUUUCCAGCACUUGUCUGAGCUCUUCUAGAUCUACUAUUUUUGUUUGAGACAUUAGGUUAAAAUCAGCCCUGGUGUAAGUUGUGACAACUCUGCUGAUUAUGCCUGCUAUGUCUGAGAUUCUUUUCCUCUGUGUUUACCUGUAAGUUUGUUGUUUGUUUUUCCUUUUUCUCUCCUGUUUCCUCUUUCUUGUUCUAUACCUUCCUCUCUUUCCCUUUUUUAUCCUCCCUCCCUUUUCCACGCUCCCCUCACUUUUGGCCGUUCGUCACUCCCCUCUACCCCAAGGAACACUUAGCAUUACAUUAUAGCAGCAAUAUUUGGAUUUAAUUCUAGAAGCUCUAUUAGCAACAGGUAUCACAUGCUGGUAGUACAUUCAUUAGAAGUUAGGUGUGUAAUGCUUUUUAUAUCUUAUAUGAUUAGUGUUGCUGAUGCUAGAGUUUGAGCCAGCAAUCUUAUGUGGAUCCUGUCAACUCAUUAACGUAUUGUCCAAACAGUAUUUUAAAGGCCUUUUGCAAUAUUGUGUUUGCAAUAAAUGUGGGUGAGGAUGGCUGCUACAGAAGCCUAAAUAUUAGAUACUGUUAUAAGCAGCCACAGACUUGUUGACUGGUAGACAGCAAACAAGAUUGCAGUUGAUUGGCUUCUUUGGUCAGUGCAAAUUAGUCUAGAGACUUCAGAAGACAAGUAGAUUAAACUAGACAAAAAAGACACAAGAAUUAAUGACAUUUCAUCUAAAUACAAAAUAGUGUUUUUUAAAAUUUGAGACGUUAAGGAAUGCUGUUUAUAUAAGUAAUAUAUAAUCAAAAAUGUUAGGUAACUUAAAUAUACCAAAUCUAAAUGUAAUGAAGAGAAGACAGCAUUUUUAAACAAUAAAAUAUAAAUUUAUUGAUAUAUGUUUAACAUUAGUAAUUUACAGUACUGUUUCAGAUUUUGUGCCCCACCCCUUCUGAAACACCCUUAACACUUCAUACGCCUUUGGUCAGACAACACUCCUAGUAACAGCAAUAGCCGCUUAGGAGCAACAUAGAAAAAGGGCACCGAUACGUUGCUACUAGCAAGCAUCAUACUGGAAAGAUUUUUAUUUAAUAAACUGAUUACACAGAGAAUGUAGUGGUCUGAAGAGAAAUGCAAAUGACCUGAAGAAAUUGUAAUUAUAUAAGAUUCAAACAUAGAAAUAGUGUAUUGCUUUAUGGGAUUCACUUAUUCAGAGUAAAUUAGAUGUCUUUGUAGAAAAUGUGAGACCAAACUUGACGUAAGUGGCUCUUUCAUUGAUUAAAGAGUCUGAGUCCAACAGGAAUAUUUGAAUGGCCUCUUUCAAAUCCCAGUAGAAAUAAAUUUUCCUGUGCAUUGUUUGCAAUGCAAACACUGCAGUAUUUUACUAUUAUCAGAGUGGUUCUCAAACUGUGGUCCAGGCACCACUUCUGGUGGCUCACAGGGAGCUAACAAGUCAUAUGUUGCUGACCUUUAUUCCAGCUGCAUCUUCUGUUGAAGAACCUGGAUGUCUGUUAAAUCAUCUGGAAGAGAGGAGUGUGAGCUAGACUAUCUGCCUACACUAGGAACUUCUGCUACACAAGUGGAGAGAAUAUAGGAAAUGCUUUCAGGGGCCCGAGCCACCAGUAGGACUGGAACCAAGUGUCACCUAUGGAACUGCUGCUCCUAUUGACAGGAGGGUGGAGAGAAGGGAAUCAGAUAGCAGCAUGUUCAGAGAAGCAAAAGAAUAAUAGGCAGCAUGUGAAGCAGAGAGGAGGACUAAAUGAUUAGGUAAGCAUGGGCAGGAGAAUAAUAAGCCAGGGGAGAGACUGGAAUAGAUGGGAGGGGGGAGAAGAAGUGAAGAGCAAAUGUAGACAUGGUAAAGACAAAUCACUUAUCACAUUAAGCAGCUAAAAAUAUGGAUGUACAGUCCUUUCCUAAUAAUAGUUUUUCAUGUUAGUUGCCAUAGGGAUAGAAUGAAUAGUGAAGCUCAUAGGCGGGCGUCCACAAGACAAUCUCUUUCUUAAGAUGCAGACCACACUCUGAAAAAUUUGAGAAUCCAUGUACUACUGUAAAAGAACCUUAAAAAACUCAUUAUUUUCUAGUCACUUACACUAUUUUUGUAUUUCUUCCCCCAAAGACAAUGAAAGGUAAAUUGUGAAAAACAAAGUAAUGGUUUAAUAAUCUUUCAGUUUUAAUCCUCUCUGGUUUUAUUUGUAACAUAUGAGAACAUUUAUUUUUUAAAAUAUUACAUUAUAUAAAUGUUAAACUGACAGGCCUUUUUAACCCUCUUCUCUACUACAUGUAAAUGACUAUCACGUCUCUUCAUCCCAAAAGUUGUACAUUUCAAGAAGGUGCUGAUCUGUCAAAAAGGCUACAUUCACUCUAACUAAUUUAUCAAACAUGACUGGAAUGAAACAUUAAUACUUGUAUGUUAUUAUGGGAAAUAAAGGCUAUUUUAGCUA